GUCAACUGAACCGAGGCGCAACUACAGCACUGUUUCCCCCACUCCGGCUCCGCGAACCAUUUCAUACGGGGCGGGCCACGAGUCGAUUGAGGAAAGCACGCAAAGCGGACAACCAACUGCAGGAUUAAGUUAUCGCCGCCAUGUCUUCCCUCUUCAUUUCUCUCGUCGAUCGGCUUGCGACGCGCCACGAAGGCGGGAGAAGACACAAUGCGGCCCCCGAUGCUGAAGAGCAGGCCUUGCGCCUGUUCCUUGUUUCUUGUGACCUGAUUGGCGCCUUCCAACCCGCAGACCUUUGUGCGCACCUGGCACACAUGAUGUCGGUUCAGUGGCCGGAGACGUUGCGCUCGGAGGGGAGUUCUCGAAGCAGCGCUCUCCGUGCUGCUUCCGCCUCACUUCCUGCGUCUUCCAUUCCGACGCUCGUCGCGGCGUCCGGUGCGCUUAUUGGGUUUCUUUGGGCGCACAAAGCUGCGUUGCAGGACACUAUCGUCACACAAGGCCCAACAACGGCGGCCCCCGCGUCUCGCGCAUGGGUGGACGAAGUACACGACCAGUGGCAAUCCUAUGUGCUCCAGCUACUCAUGGCCCACCCACCCUUCUCCGCGGAGACUUGCACGGUGGCGUGCUGUACGGUGGGUCAGUUGAGUCUCUUGCCAGAGGGCUGUUGCGACCGCGUGCUGCGUGCUGCCUGUGAGGCGCUUCGAGCGGGUCGCGAGGACGGACUCACGGCGGUCUUGGCCACCGAGUUGCUAGGGCAGUGUGUGUCGUUGAUGGUGGUGUGCAGGCCCUUCCAACUGCGCGGCGCGGUGCUGGUAGACCCGGCCCUGCAGCACAAGUGCGCUCAGGAAAACAACAAGAGGAAGCAGAAGUCAGCUGACGCUUCGAAUUCGCAGGCGAACAGGCGUACGCGGUCCCCCACCCAGCGACCAGCCACAGGAGAGAAAAACACUGAGGCAUCGGUAGCUGUGAAGGAUGCCUGCGAUGGCAACGCUGCCACGGCGGCUGCGGAAGCGAGCUCCUGCUCUGCUCUUCCGUCGUGUUACCCUUUUCCCCCAAUAGAGCGCGUGACACAGCUGAAGGCGGAGCUGAUCGAGUGCUGUCUCGCGACGUUAGGGGCAUUCAUGGCGACAUCGACGGAGGCAACCACACUGCAGCACUGCACCGUGCCGACGGCACUCAUCUGCCAGCGGGUGCUAAUUCCACUGCUGCUGUUGGACGGCAAUGAGGGCCUGCAGCGAUACGAAGAACUCAUUCACAGCCUGUUGUAUACGCUGGCGACGGCGGCGACACCUUUUCCUGUCCAGGACGGCGCUGGUGUGGCGGUCAGCAACGUUACUUACGGCGAUAACUGCGAUGAUGUGGUGUUGCUCAUCUCCGUCCUUUUCGACUUUUUGUUUCGCCGGCCCUCGCUCGAGCCCGCGACCGACUUCCGCUACUCUCCUUUUCUGUGGGGCGUGCUGAGCAGCGCCAUGCACCGCAGCUUAACGGCGGCGGAGAUGGAUGCCGGGCAUCGUGCCAACAUGCAACUGCGCGUGGAGUACCUUCUAAAGCGCAUUGUGUAUUUGACAAAGGAGCAGCAGUAUCAGCACGCCACCACCACGGCGCCGCUGCCUGCGAUGGUGGAGUUCCACCCGUUGUUUUUCUGGUGCAGCAGCCCCCUCUCCCCCAGCACCGGCGAAGCACCAAGUGCCACGGCGUGGGACAAUUUCUUUCUUGUGCUCGAGUCGCUGAACGAGUACGGCUGGCACAUCAUCGAGCCUGUCAUGGCCCGCCUUGACACGUUGGUAGCGGCGCUAAACUCACAUCUAGAGUGCAGCGCGCGCGCUGCGCCGUGUACGCAGGCAGCGAAGCCUUCUACUCAAGGGGCUCUGCACACGCGGUGGAUUGAGAUGCUGCUUCUUAAGUUGGUUUUGCACCCAAACAUUGGCGUGCGCAAAGUGGGUCUCCGCCGCGUAUGGGGGCUGCCGCAACGCGUGCUGCAGUCCCUCUCUGCGGCGUUUCUUUUCCAGGACGCUUUCCAGAGUGCGUCCGACCCGCGGCUCUGCGCGGAUCUCGACCGGAUCCCUAUCUCGGCUUCCUUUCUCGAUACGAAGGCAUUCGAAGGCACGGAAGUGAAGGCGGUGCCGGACAUCGAGCCGCUGGCGCAAGAGGUAGAACGGUUCUACAGUGCUCUGUUCCUCACUCGCUGGCAUAAGGAUGGCGCUGGUGCUGAUGCUGAUGCUGUCAGCACGAGUGGCCGCAUCGAUGCGCUGCAUCGCUUGCUCGACACCACCCUCAACAAACCCCCACGAUUCACCGUAUGUGUGCUGGCCCGCACUCUUCUUGCGAUGGGGCAGGUGUUGUUCGAUCACCACAUCGACGCAGAGCCCAUCCUACUCGACGAGGGCGUCCUCCAGCGUCUGCAUCGCUUCAUGCGUGACUCGGUGCAGGAGAACGUUCCGUUUUGGCUGGACGUGCGCGUUACCGCGAUCUUGUUUGCGGCGCUCACCACCUUUGUCGCCGCCACCGCCUCCCCGCGCCGCUGCCGUCAGCACCCGUCCUUCUGGCGUCUCUACUGCAUGUGCGGCCCGCUGGGCGAGUCGGGCGGGCACAGCAUCACCGGGAUGGACGCGAGUGGGCAGUACGGCCUCGUCGGUGCCUCGGUUGACGAACGCUUCUUGCAACAGUGGCUCGUGCAGCUAAGCGCGCAAAUGCUGGAUAAACGCCGCCGCCCCGUGCCCGAAGGAGAGCACGAUUCCUCUUGUUUUUCUUUCGUUGACGAGUUGCUGGACGCGGAUGGGCUGGAGGGUCGAGUCAAGCGACUUUUGCAGACGGCCUCGUCGACUCCGUCUGUCGCUGCUGUAAACGUGGUGGAGGUGAAGGAGGCGUUCUUCUUGAUAGGCGCGCUCACUCGCACUGGCUCCGUUCGGGAUACGCAGCUCAUUCGCUGCACCGCGCAUACGAUCGCCUCGACGGUGGCGUCGCUGCAAACACGGGCCUACUGCACACCUGCGCAACUGCUGAGCAGCGCUGCAUGCCUUGUCGAGCUGCAGCACACUCUCGGCAGUGAGGUGUGCGGGCAGCUGUGGCCGUUGCGUACCACCCUGCAGUCUAUGUCAGCGGCGUUGCACACGCACGUCAUGGCAAGCCUCAGCGCAGCCGUGCACGCCGUCUCCGUGGGCCCUAGUAACGCAGCGGCCGGUGGCACCUCCCUCUUCGUAGACGGCGCUGACGAGUUGGUGUGGACGGUGAUGCAUACGGCCCACUUCGACAUUCUUGCCGCCGCCACUGCCUCCGUCAACUCGAUUGCUUGCAGCAGCGGUGACGCGGCCUCAUCGACGCAAGACGCGUCUUCCGUUGCUGCCGCAGCGAGAUACCUCGAUGUGUCGCUCCACGUUGAACAGCUCAUGAGUCUCUUGAAGGAAGCGGUGGAGACUUACAAAGCUCUUAUAUCUGCGAGAAAGCACGAUAACGAAGCGGCGGAUGAGGAGCGGGUGGCGGCAGUGUUGGUGAUCACCCGUAACAUCUAUCGCCUCCUCCAGAGUGAGCUCUGUGGGUUUCUUGCCGUGAGCAACAACGCUGUGGACACGGCGCGCCAGCACGACGGUCACCCUCCUUUACACCCGUCAUCACUGCCGGCGGAUCGCGAGUCGCCGACGGCAUCGCACGGUGGUGUGGCUCGCUGCCCGCUGGCCGGCGUGCUGUCGUCUCAGGCGGUGCAAUCCUACCUGCAGCAGCUCAUGUUCCUCCUCACCUAUCGCGUGCCGACUGGGCCGAUGCCGAGCGCGUUGUCGCCUCUGUCGUGGUCGACCCUCUUAGGGCAACACGGCCGCUACCGUAACAACCUUCUCUAUGUUCUCGCGCUCUGCCUCGGCCCUGUUUCCGCCCAGGACACGCGCUCGAGCGAGGGCUGUACGACCUCGCAGGCGGACUUUGAAAGCAUCGUGGCUGCCCUUCAGAGCUUUGCACUGGGUCAGCUGGAAGAGUGCUGGACCAUGAACUUGGCGAGUGUGUAUGACCUGCUUGUCUGGGUGGCAUCGUCGAACGUGCCGCGUGUGGUGGACUACAUCGCCAUCGCCGAUGGGAUGUGGGGUCACAUGAAGGAGGUCGGCGCACGACAGUACACGCGCCUCGCCGCCCUCGCUUUCACGGUGCUGCACUUUGUCAUGCCCCACCACCCCGAGUACGUGCGUGCGUUGCUGCUGCGUGUGCUGGAAGGGGAAGGCAAGGAGGCGCAGACGGCAGAUCGCGACGUGUACUUCGCCGCUAUGACGGCCUCGCUGCAGGUGCUGCACAACCCCGCGCAGAACUGGCCGGUGCUGAGCGACGCACUGCUCUACGCCGCCGUGCUCUUCAACACCAACCGCGAUGAGGAGGAAAACGAGUCCACCGUGGCCGUGACGGAGCCGCUGCUGAGAAGCUGGCCUGACGCGUUGCGGCUGUACUACCCGCCCACCACCCGCCUCUCCGCCGUCGGGCGCGCUAUGGCUGUGGCGACGCUGCUGUGGUGCUGCCACGUCGACGUGGCCGGCCGCGCGGUGCCGCUGACGGUAGAGCUGCUUCGCAUGAACGUGUGCCACCCGGUUGUGACGCACGAGCCGUGCAUGCCGAACUCCCGCACUCACCGCACCCGCAUUCGCUUAUGGCAGCUCCUGUGUGCGUUGCUGCCCUGUCUGGCGCAGCCGCAGCAACCGGUGCCACUGCCGCAGAUCGAGGAGGUCUUCCGGCUGCUCGUUUCGCACUGCGUCACGGUGAAUAACAUGGGAAGCGUGCGUCGACUCAUGGAGCUGUACGCGAUCCGCCUAGUGGAGCAGCAUCCAGGCUUGUACACCGUUGUGAGUGAGGUCUUGGGCAACUACAGCCUGCGCCCGCAGGUGUGUGGCAGCUACAUUCUGAUCGCCUGUCACGCCUUGCUUCGGCAGGAGGACCGAGCGCCACGGAAGGACGCGACUGCUGCUGCCGCUGCUGUGGACGAGGUGGCUGCUGGCACCUUUGACAGUUUGUUCCCCCGUAUUCUCCAGCAGAGUACAUCAAACCAGCACUUGCUGCGCAUCAUCAGCCACAUUGGCCUCGUGAACAUUUGCCAGCGCCGCAUCGCCCACGGCCGGCCACUCUCCGCCGCCGUAGAGGCGGUGUACAACUACGUCCUGCACGCCCCCGAACACAUCAAGUUCCGUGAGAAGCACGAACACAUGCUUUUUUUCGAUACCGACGUGGCAAGCAGCCCACGCAGUCUGUUCUGCGUUCAGCGGAAGGAGGCGAACACGGUGCUGGCCGAGGUGCUGCCCGCCGCCGCCUUCGAGCGCAUUCGCUUCGUCGAAACGGAGCUGUGCUGCGUGAUCGGCGCACUUUACCCCAUGGAGCUGCUGCGUGUGCGCGACCUGUGCGCCACCCUCCGCGUGGGUGACUUGGUGUCCGUCUUCAAGGACUUCGCGGCCAUCCCGCACACCACCACGCCGUGCGACUACUACGUCGACUACACGCAGGAGGCGACGGAACUGCUGACGCGUGACCCGAUGGCGGAGGCGGGGCCGGGUGGUGCCGCUGCUGCUGCUGUUGCCGGUAGCGCAGGCGAGGAGGUCGACGCUGCGACGGCAAAUGUGCAGAAGAAGGUAUCGUCGUGGUGGACGAGCGAGGUCUACAACGAGCUGCACCCGCGGGCGCUGCGCAAGCAGAAGCAGUCCAUCAUCGUCGUCGGGUCGCUCGUGGAAAACCCGGUCAACAUCGCUGGGCUGUGCCGCUGCGGCGAGAUUUUCGCGGUAGAGUCCAUUGUGGUGCCGGAGAAGAAGGUCUUUGAGCACCCCCACUUCGUCGCCGCCGCGCGCAGUGCGGAGCUGUGGAUUCCGUGGGAGGAGGUGAUGCCGAAAGACUUGCCGGGCUACCUUGAGGGGCUGCGACGCCGCGGCUACGUCAUUGUGGGCAUUGAGCAGACAGCAAACAGCGUCUCGAUGGAGGCAUUUUCGUUUCCUGCGCGCUGCGCUGUGGUGCUGGGGGCGGAGGGGCAAGGCGUACCGGCGCCGCUGAUCCCCCUGCUGGACGUGUGCGUAGAAAUUCCACAGUACGGUCUUAUUCGCUCCUUGAACGUGCACGUGACGGGCGCGAUUGCGAUGUACGAGUACACACGGCAGCACCUCAUGGGCAAGACGCGUGAAUGA